UCGAUCCGGAUAUCUGGGCCAAGAACUUGGGGGUUUCUUCAGUUUUCACCGGUCCUCCCACCAGGUCCAUUGUGUCGUUCGACUGGUCCCAGAGAGAGCAAAAAUCUCGUUUUUUGGUUUAGUCAGUUCGUGACUGUGCUCCUCCCUUUUUUGUUUUUUAAACACUGAAUUAUUGAAUAAGACGAAAGAAAUCGAAAAUGGGGCAGAGCUCGUCGAAGAAAGAUUUCAAAUUGGAUAAUUCCAAGGGCAGCAGCAUCGAACCGACCGGAAGCAUCAAAAAGCGGAUUGAGGCUGCUGAUGUCGCCGUUCCGUCCGGAAUGCCCAAAUCGAGUUCGCGGACUUUGGUGACUCCUAAACAACAACCGGCCCAAGUAGUAGUGGCAAACGCCGAGAAUUCGGUCGCCAUGACGACCGAUCAACCUGAAGCCCAAAGCAAUACCGAGGAGGCUGCUAACGAUGCCAAACAGAAGGCUGCCCAAUCACCGGAAGACAGCGAAGAAUCGCCCAAUGCCGCUCAGGGUGGAAUUACAGCAGUGCGGCAGAGACGUGGCGGCGUUUCGGGCGAGACGAUUACAGAUGCAGAUGCGAUCAACUACGUGAAGAAAGUUUUGCCCAAGGAUUUCAAGACGAUGGAUGCGCUAGCCAAAGCCAUCGCCAAGAACGUGCUCUUUUCACAUUUGGAUGAAAACGAGCGGCCCGAUAUCCUUGACGCCAUGUUCCCGGUCAGCGCCCAUUCUGGGGAGGUCAUCAUCCAGCAAAACGACGAAGGCGACAACUUUUAUGUCAUCGAUCAAGGCGAAGUCGAGGUCUUUGUCGACGGUAAUAUGGUCACCGUGAUCGGAGAAGGGGGCAGCUUUGGAGAGUUGGCCUUAAUUUACGGCACGCCAAGAGCCGCCACAGUCAAAGCCAAAACGGAUGUGAAACUGUGGGGACUCGACCGCGACUCGUACAGGCGCAUCCUCAUGAUAUCCACCAUCAACAAACGCAAAAUGUACGAAGAGUUCCUCUCCAAAGUCUCCAUUUUGGAGUCUCUGGAGAAAUGGGAGCGGUUCACGGUAGCCGACGCGCUGGAACCCUGCAGUUUCGAGGACGGAGAGACGAUCGUCAGGCAAGGCGAGCCCGGUGACGACUUUUACAUCAUCGUCGAAGGACGGGCUGUUGUGAUGCAACAACGAAGUGGCGGAGGUUUGGCCGAAGCCGAACCGGCCGUCGAAGUGGGUCAUUUGGGACCCUCCGAUUACUUUGGCGAAAUCGCUCUACUGUUGGAUCGCCCGCGAGCGGCGACCGUCAUAGCCAAAGGACCGCUCAAAUGUGUCAAACUUGACAGGGCAAGAUUUGAGCGCGUGCUGGGCCUGUGCGCAGACAUUCUCAAGCGCAACAUUCAGCUCUACCACAGCUUCGUCUCCUUAUCGGUUUAAAUGGGAGAGAAAGUGAAACAACAAAAUGAGGGAGAAGGAGAAACGCGGGAGGAGGAAAAGAAAAAAAAACCAAGUUUGUUGUUGUAUUUCGAUUAGCAGCACACACAACACAGACACUCCCGAUAAAAAGUGAGGGCCGUGAAGAUUAGAAGAGCGAUGUGCGGAGGGGGUGUUUCAAAAAAAGAAACAGCGAAAGUAUAAAACUCGUAUCUUCUUUCUUUUUUUUUUUUAUCUCCCUUUAUUAUCUCUUACAUAAAGUUGAUUAAUAUAAAUUUCACGCGUUAAAAAGUUACGAAAAAAAAAUUAUGAAUUGCAGCUAACCUAACCAAAUAGUUACCGUUUCGUGCUUCUUCUUAUAAAAGGGUCGGGAGCGCUUCAAAAAAUGAGAGAAAAGGGAUUCAUCUUUUGAAAUGAAGAAGAAGAAGGAAAUAGGCUAUUAGCAUCUGUCAUUUUUUCUUUUUACUAAAGAAUCAAAUUAAGCUCUACAUUUAACACUUACCUUAAUUGAAUGGCUCUAAAUGAUUUCCCAAGUUUUGAAAAGCUAAUCGCCACUUGUUUCUUUUGUUCAAAUUUCUCCUCAGUUUUAAGUAGCGGAAUUCUUAAAGAAAACACGAGAAAUUUCAUUUGAUUGCGGAUGUUUUUAAAAGGCAAAGAAAAAAAAGAAAUUCGGGAAAAAUGUUAAUUAUUUUGUUUGAUUAAAAAUCUUCUUUUUAAUAUUUUUUUAUUAUUAUUUUCUAUCUCAAAUUUUCCAAGGGAACAGCUACGAAAUGGUUUGCGAAUAGAAAUUCUUAUCCUAUUGUCUUUAUAUCAAAAGAUUGUAGAAAACAAAAUUAUUCCGAGACUGGCCCAGGUGGUCAGUUCGGUAUAUCCUUAACCAACAAAGAAAAACACGCCACGGGGGCAUCAGGUGGUCUUUCAAUUUAUUUCCUUUUUGUUUCUUCUUUUCAUUUCUGCUGGUCGGAAAUCUUGUAGGAAACAAAAAGAGGCACAGAAGAGAGACACACUUGAUGAUCCAUAUGUUGUGGCUUCCUUUUGAUUUUCUUAUUCAGCGCUCCGUUACAUUAUAAAAAUAUUACAUUAAAUCAAAGAAAUUCUAAUUAUUUUAAUUUUUGGGUUUCAAACAAAUUUCAAAUUCAAUCAUUUGCAAGGAAAAAAAAGUUGGGGUUUUCAGUAAAAAAAACAUGGGCGGGGGGUAACAAAGCGUGAGUGAUGAGACGCAAUCAAUUUAAAGCGUCACUUGUUUGAUUUCUGAAGAAGCUAAUUUUCAAUGGAUGGAGAGAAAAAAAAAAAACAACAACUAACCGAAAGUAACUUACACACUAAAAUAAUGUCGAGGGAUGACGAUUGAAAGUGUUGACCUAUGCAGUUAGGAAGCCGCCGUCUUUUGUCCUUAACUAAAUUCUUUCUUUUGCUCGCUCUCUUUUUACUAUUGCGUCAUUCUGAAGAAAUUUUCUUCUUCUAAAAACAAAAAUAAAUAUUAAGAAAAACAAACACGAUUUUUUUUUUUACAUCCUGCCCCCACCGCUCUUCGUGUCAUACAGAAAUGUGUAUUCGUUCUUUGCUGCUCUUUUGUUUAUGACUUCCCAGUGCACCAAACGCUAUUCACAUCACGAACGAUGCCCCCCCCCCUUCUCUCUGGUUAUUUUUGUUGGUUUCUUAUGCAAAUUUAUUUACUCCUUUCUUCUCUCUCUUUAUUAUUAUAAUUUUUUUUCACUCUCUAUAUUUCUCUCGCAGAUUAUAUAUUACUGUAAUGUGUACGAUUAAUUUUUUUUGCCUCUAUCAAAAUUUGUGUGUGUGUUAUCGUUCAAAGUUUCGGUUCAAAUUUAAAAAAUCCGAAAUCUUUUUGUUCGUCUUUCUUUGUAAGUGUUUUGAACAAACAAAUCCUUCCCCCCUCCCUUCUCCCGAAAAAACUAACAGACCGUAAAAAAAAAAAAAAAAAAAAUUAUUUUGUUUUCUCUGGCCUUUUUCAAAAAUUUUAAUUUUGUGCAAUUUUAAUUUAAAGUUGUUUUAACCAAGCCAAUUAAUUAACAAGAAAUUUAAAAACAAGAAAAUUCAAGAUUUAAAAAAAAAAACGAAUAUAUAUCUGGAAAAAAGGAAAGAAAUGAACGAGCGUGUGGUCUGUUUGUAUGGGCCGAUGUAACGUGACCUGUGUAAAUGGUCCCCCCUCCUCCUUCGUUCUAGUGUCAAGUUUUCCUGUAGCCGUGGUUCUUUCGUACUCCUCUGGAUUGGCUUUUUGUUAUUAAUACCACCUUCUCCCUAAUCUUAAAAUUAACCAAUUUUUUGGGGUAGGAAUGUUGACUAUUUUAGAGAGAAAACGGGGGCCUCAAACCCCCUAGUAUUCUUCUUGUGUCCCUUUUAAAAACAACAACAUCGUGUCUGUGAAUCAUACCUAUUGAAAGAAGGAAUAACUAAACAUGAAAAUACAUUGCGGUUGUGUAAUACGA